UGAAAAAACAACAACAACUAUGUUAUUAAAAGUUCUAUCUUUUGUGAUAUUUCUCAUCGGAAAUGCUUCUAUCUAUGGCUCUCCAGUAGCCCAAUCAUCAGACGUGACUCCUCACAUCGUGGGUGGUGUUGAAGCUCCUGAAGGCUCAGCCAAGCACAUGGUAGCGCUCGUGAUCGGAGAUAUCAUCAGCAGUUUUACCUGCGGAGGGUCUAUCAUCACCAAAAGACAUGUGCUCACCGCAGCUCAUUGUAUCCAACCAUAUUCUAUAUGGCAAGGAUUACUACCCACAUACAGAGGAGUCUCAGGAUCAAACAACUGGAAUGCGUCUAACUAUGAAAUAAAGUUUGAGAACUACAUAAUCCACCCGAAGUUCAACAUCGCCACCAUUAAGUUUGACAUCGGCGUCCUGAUAACUGUCCAAGAUAUUAUAUUUAAUAAGCGCGUGGAACCAAUUUCAUUAAAUUUUGGUUGGGUUCCGGGAAGACGGCCUACUUACAUUACUGGGUGGGGUCUUUUGUAUGUGAAUGGAAAACUGCCGGACAGACUACAACUGCUGCACGUGAACACAAUCAGUCCCCUCCAGUGCAUCCUCAGAGUGAGGCUGGCUUCCAUCAUACUCGGCGGGUACGCACCACCCGUGGAGCCAGAGAUUGAGAUCUGCACCCUGCACUCUGUAGGACACGGAAUUUGCUUCGGUGACUCGGGCAGCGCCGUGGUAUCGUCAGACACGCGGCAACAGAUCGGCGUGGUGUCCUGGGUGUUCCCGUGCGGGCUGGGCGCUCCCGACGUGCACGUCAGGGUUAGCGGCUUCCAUGACUUCUUGAUGCCCAUCAUGAUACCUUACUUAUAGAUGAACAUUGAAUAUAAGUUAGAUUAAGUUUAAAAAAUUGUUACUUACCUACGCUGUUGAAUAAACCAUAUAAUUUAUUUUUUAUG